CGAGCCACGGCAGAGAGCAGAGCCGAGCGGAGCCGAGCGGAGCCGGCCCGCCUACCCCGGGAGGAGGCGGAGGCUGAAGGGGAGGAGGCAGGAGAGGCGGAGGAGGCGGGAGCGGAGGGAGGACACGGGGAGGCGGCUGCUGCUGCUGGGCAGAGAGGAGUCGUGCAGGAGCAGCGCCUGUACUCGUACGCCACAUUCCCUCUCUACGGGGCUGGUGGUGAGGAUGAGCGAGAGCUGACCCUGCCGCGCCGCCGCCUGUGCUGUGAAGUGUCUGCUCCUCCUCCUCCUCCUCUUCCUCCUCCUCCUCCUCCCCGGCUGUGGGUGAACCUGCGCUACGGGCUCUUCACCGACACGGGGGAGGCUGGUUUGUUUUGUGCAUUUGUUUAAGGCAAAGAGAGAGAAAGAGAGGUCUUCCACCCGCUGAAGCACAGUUCACUAUGAUCGUACUCGCAUCCAGCACUGGAAGCCGGUUGGAUUUCGUUUCUCAAUCCAGGGUGUUUUUCUUGCAAACCUUCAUUUGGAUUUUAUGUGCCACAGUGUGCAAAGCGGAGCAGUAUUUCAAUGUGGAGGUAUGGUUACAAAAGUAUGGCUACCUUCCACCAACUGACCCCCGAAUGUCGGUGUUGCGCUCUGCAGAAACCAUGCAAUCAGCUAUAGCUGCCAUGCAGCAGUUCUAUGGCAUUAAUAUGACAGGAAAAGUGGACAGGAACACAAUUGACUGGAUGAAGAAACCUAGAUGUGGUGUGCCUGACCAAACAAGAGGUAGCUCCAAAUUUAACAUUCGUCGGAAACGCUACGCACUAACAGGACAGAAAUGGCAGCACAAACAUAUCACUUACAGCAUAAAGAACGUCACUCCAAAAGUAGGUGAUGCUGAAACCCGUAAAGCCAUUCGCCGUGCCUUCGAUGUGUGGCAGAAUGUAACUCCUCUAACAUUUGAAGAAGUUCCUUACAUUGAAUUGGAAAAUGGCAAGAGAGACGUGGAUAUUACAAUCAUUUUUGCAUCAGGUUUUCAUGGAGAUAGUUCUCCCUUUGAUGGGGAGGGAGGAUUUUUAGCUCAUGCAUAUUUUCCUGGCCCAGGAAUUGGGGGAGACACUCAUUUUGACUCAGAUGAGCCAUGGACUUUGGGAAAUCCCAAUCAUGAUGGAAACGAUCUCUUUUUGGUUGCAGUGCAUGAACUCGGACAUGCUCUGGGCUUGGAGCACUCUAAUGAUCCCACUGCAAUCAUGGCUCCAUUUUACCAAUAUAUGGAAACUGACAACUUCAAACUACCUAAUGACGAUUUACAGGGCAUCCAGAAGAUAUACGGUCCACCUGACAGGAUACCACCACCAACAAGACCUCUGCCAACAGUGCCCCCACAUCGUUCAGUCCCUCCAGCAGACCCACGGAAGAAUGACAGGCAACCUAAACCCCCCCGGCCACCCACUGGUGACAAACCUUCCUAUCCCGGAGCCAAGCCUAACAUCUGUGAUGGGAACUUCAACACUCUGGCUAUUCUUCGCCGGGAAAUGUUUGUUUUUAAGGAUCAGUGGUUUUGGCGAGUCAGGAACAACAGGGUGAUGGAUGGAUACCCCAUGCAGAUUACCUACUUCUGGAGGGGACUGCCUCCCAGCAUUGAUGCAGUUUAUGAAAACAGUGAGGGGAAUUUUGUCUUCUUUAAAGGUAACAAGUUCUGGGUUUUCAAGGACACUACUCUCCAGCCAGGGUAUCCUCAUGAUUUGAUAACACUUGGAAGUGGAAUUCCUUCCCACGGCAUUGAUUCCGCAAUUUGGUGGGAAGAUGUUGGAAAAACCUACUUCUUCAAAGGAGAUAGGUACUGGAGGUACAGUGAAGAAAUGAGAUCCAUGGACCCUGGUUAUCCUAAACCAAUCACAAUUUGGAAAGGCAUCCCAGAAUCUCCUCAGGGAGCCUUUGUCCACAAAGAAAAUGGCUUCACAUAUUUCUACAAAGGAAAAGAGUACUGGAAAUUCAAUAACCAGAUGCUCAGGGUGGAACCUGGCUAUCCCAGAUCCAUCCUCAAGGAUUUCAUGGGUUGUGAUGGACCAACAGACCGAGAUAAAGACCGACACAGCCCUCAAGAUGAUGUUGACAUUGUCAUCAAACUGGACAACACAGCCAGCACUGUGAAAGCCAUAGCCAUCGUCAUUCCCUGCAUCCUGGCCUUGUGCCUCCUUGUCUUGGUUUACACUGUGUUCCAGUUCAAAAGGAAAGGAACACCCCGCCACAUACUGUACUGCAAACGCUCUAUGCAAGAGUGGGUGUGAUGCAGGGUUUUGGUUUUUUCUCUUUCCCUCCCAGGAGUUUGUGGUAACUUGAGAUUCAACACGAGAGCUGUUAUGCAGUUUCCUAGCUAGGAGCGGGCAUCUGUCAGUCUGAAACAAAGCUGAUCUUUAAAACCCAGGGGGUUGCCUGUCCUGCGCAUGAGUGGCGAUUCGCUCAGCUGGGAAGCUUCCAUGAUACACAGUAUCUGCUGUUUCUUCAGUCCUUUGUCUUUCUUUGUCAUUCAAUUCUAGGCCUUCCCUCUGCACGCUCAAAGCCCUAUAAACUAUCAGGAUUAACUAACAAAGAGGAAUAAAAAUAUCUCCAAUGUUUCUACAUUUUUCCCUUAAGGCCUGUUCCCCUUCGAAGAAUUUUUUGCUGAAAGUAAAUUUUUUUAGAGAAACACAACAACCAACAAUGGAACUUUCAGGAAAGUGAGAAGACCCAAAACAGCUUUGUCUCCAAAGAGGAUUGCUUUCUGUCUGCUACGGAUAAAGUCCUAAACUCCUACUUCCAGUUUUGUCAGGUGGGAGGCUCGGAUGACACGCAGGACUUCAGACUGUUCGGACAGCCAUUUUCCAACAAACAAGGGGCCAAAAUAUCUGCAAUAUAGUAACAGCCUUAAUACAUUCAUUUUGUGUUUUUUACAGCUGCUCUGGGCUAUGUCCUUAAUGUUUAAAACUCAUAUUCAAUACUAUAUUCAAGCAGAACCUUUUUAUUGGUUGGUUUGAUUUCUGGUUGGUUUUCCUACAUUAUCUUUCCCAAGCUGUACCAAGCCAACUACUCCAGGCCUUUUAUAGGUCUGUCAGGAGCACUCAUUCCAAAGAAUGGUAAAAAAGCAGUGUCUCUGAAGUGGAUUUCAAUGAACUAAAACAACAGACUAUUGAGAGACUUGACACUGGUAUUAUAUUGGUGGUGUAACCCUUUGAGAACUAUUGCAUCCAGUUUUCAGAGCCUGUUGGAUGUUAACCUUGGUCAUCAUUAAAUUACAGAAUUGUGGUUGGGUAAUACAUGUUUCAAAAGAAAAUCAGUUUUUUGAAACAGAUUUCUUGCGACUGCAUUUUUAAUUACUUGCAUUAUUGAUAGAAAAGCAUUUGUAACAUGAAUAAAAAACAAAAUAUAUUUACCAGCUACUUUCUUGUUAAAGGAACCAAAAGUAUUUUAAUAAUUUCUAUCAACUACCAAGAAUUUUUCUGAUCUGUAAACAAUUUUAUAGCUUAACCUCUUAUCUUAAGCAUCUUGGAUUUCUCUCUUGAGACUGUGUUGCAUGACAAUUCGAUUUGCCUCUGCAGAGGUAGAGUUACAGUUUCAAAAGAAGGCUAAGAAGAUGACUCUGAUAGUGCAUGAGUAUCCUCUGGUGUGUUACCCCUUUGCAUGUUCAUCAUAGUUCUCAAAGGGUUAAAAUUUCUGGCCUUCAGUCAAACGUGGUAUCAACUGACAGAGCCAAGGGACCACCAAAACAUUUUGUCAUUCUGUGUAAUUUGUGCUAACAGCAGUAUUGUCAUUUUCAUGUGACCUGCAGAGCAGGUUUGUAUCAAUAAUUUUUUCCUAGAGAAAAGUCAGCAACUGACAGACCUCUUUAUUGAUUUUAGGAGCUGCUUCUUGCAGUGAUAGGCUUUACAGUCACUGGGCUGUGAACUUAUUAAAGAUGGUCAGAAUGAUGCACCCCAAAAGUCAGACACCUGGUUUUUUAUGAAAGCCAGGUUUUGAGGGGAGUAGCUUUUGCAACAAUGAACAGCUUGCCUUGAACUUGAUUAUUGACCUGUUGACUGUCAUUACCAAGUAAAACAUUGUCUUCUGUGAACAGCUUCACUGUCUGAAUUUCCUUAAAGUGUACUGUCCUAUGUCUUUGACCUUUAACUUGCAAACUGGCACAAACUGAAGGGAAUCUGGUGUUGCAAAUGAACUUAGAUGAGUUUUAUUUCUUGAAAGGCCUGAUAGACAUGAUCCAAAAUUUGAGAAAAAACAUUGAAGUGUUUUAAUAGGAGAGAAAUGACAUAGACUGAAAUAUUUAUGGUAGGUCUGUAGAAAGGUAUUUUGCUAUGUAUACAUGCACACUCUAAAAAUGAAUUACGGCAGAAGUUAAUUUUUAUUUAACUUGAAUACAAUUUUCAGUAUAAAAAUAUUAUUUCUACAAAUAUCUAGUUAUUAAUGAAAAGGUAUAGGAAAGUAUUAAAAUACUUGAAAUGGCCAGUAUGGGCUUUUACAUAAAAUGAGACUUUUAUACUGCCUUCAACCAAUUUCUUACUGGUUUCUUAAUCCACAUAACUGGAUCACUUUUUAGAGAGUGUAGGUAUAUAUGCAUAUAUAUUAUGAUUAUUAUUGUUUUGGUAAUGGAUAGCUUGACUGCCUUGAAUUUAUAUUUAUAUUGAGCAUAGCAUGAAAAAUAGUAUGCCUUUUUUCAAUUACAUGAUUUUAUAUUGAUUUGAGGACUUAUGAACACAUGUGGCAUGCUAUAAAAAGCAUUGCAAACUCAUUUCUUAGAGCAUAAACAGAUAUACAUAUGUAUGGUUAACAAAAAUGAAGAUUAGAAAAAGAUAUAGUUUUACAACAAAUAUGCAAUGCAGAUGGCAUUCUGGAGAUGUUUUGUAGAAGUAGUGCAUUCUGUAGGUAAGAAGUGCACCAGUAUCAGCCCAUAGCAUAAUUUAGCAAAUCCAAGUCAGUUGUUGCUGAAAAUAUAGAUUUAUUGACAAUUUUGUUGCACAGGAUUUUUGCUGCAGAUCAGCUCAUUUGGUGAAUUUGAAAUUCUAUGCUCUUUGUCAUAUUAAGAUGUGUGUUUGUAUACUUUUAAAAGUACACAAACGUGCACAUACAUAGACAUGCACAUUUUAAUCCAUUGAGAAUUUUUUUUUCAACAAACUACUAUAACUUAUGUUUAGCUAUAGACAGAACAAAAUUAUUGAUGUUGCUGUUCCAAUUUUUUUUCCCUUGGAUAGUUGGAGGAAAAUAAUGAAAGAAUUAUUUAUUCUGUAUUUGCUUUUCCUCUACUGUAGGAUAAUUUUAUUUUUUUUUAAUCAGAACAGCAUCUCAUCAAUUUUUUUAUUCACUUGAACAUUUCAUUUCAUUUUUGAAAUAUCUUUCAUGGCAGCUUUAACUUUUUCUGCAACCGUUUCCCUGACAGUAAUGAAGUGCUGAGCAUGUUGACUGUUGUUCUUUGAUAAGGUAACAAAAAUAUUUGUGUUUGGAGAAUUUAACUGUAAUUAUGCAGGAAGGUAAGUGUGAUAAUUCUAGUGCUUGGUAUAUUGUACAUGGUAGUUACAUGAAUACAUAAUAAGUUGAUCAUUGAAUCUAUUUUCUUUUACUUAAAAGUGCAUAUAUGCUAUAUACAGAGACAGGGAUAAAAAAAUUAUAUUGGCAUGUUUAUGUCAUGCAAAGCAAGAUUGUGUCAAUAUUUCUGUUACAAACUCAUGUUUUCAGUAGGUUGCAAUGCAGUCAUAAAGGUUUGCUUUAAGUAAAAGAUGUAGGAGCAUUUGUGUUCACUGUAAUUUCCAAAUACAUAUUGGCUAGUUUCAAAUCAUAGAAUUUCAGAGUAAAUUAGUGAUGUUGCCUGAUCUAAUUUUGAAUUCAAAUUAGUAAAAGUUCUAAGACAAUUUUUUUUUUUUUGAAUAGUUGUUUCUCUACAAGGGCCUAUAACUAUUAGAAUUAAGGAAAAGCAAAUUGAAAAUAUUUUCAGGUCUGCAAUCUGGGUUCCUUCUCAUGUGCUGUGACUUUUUUAAUAAACAUUUCCAUAUU